AUUCGACACCCCUGGCCAGGCGCAACUUUUGAAUUGGUGCUUUGUAAGGAAAGAUGGUUAUUGCCCGGGCUAAAGAUGGCAAUCCAUCCACAAGGUUUUAUGAAAAUCCGGAGAUAAUCGCUACCUUUGAUCCGGUGAGGAUGUGGUUGACCAGAAAUCACAAAAAGUACACGCAAACCGAGCCUCCCACCAACAAGAGCCUGGCUACUUUAUGCUUCCAAUUGCUACAGUUUCAAGAAGCAAACUUCACAAGCAGCUCCAGGUCUUUCAUUAGAAUUCCUUUUAAAUGUUUCAUGGACUUCAAGCCCGGUGGAGGAUUAUGCCACAUAUUCUUAACUUGUUUUAAGUUCCGUCACGAAAAUAACUGGAAGAAAAUUGAUCUCUCCUCAUCUUCUAGAACAGAUAAGCAUAUGGAAAUGUUUUCAGUAAUUGAACGAGAGCUUAUUGCGUAUAAAUGUAUGGAGAGACCUGUGGUUUACAUAUCGCCCACUGUUGAAAAGAACUUAAAUAGCAGGCUGCGAGAAUGUGCUAAACGCCUAAAUGUAUCUGUAGUGGAGUCAGCUUCUGAAGCUACACACAUUUUACAUCCACCACCUUCAAACUGGUCUGGAGACAGUCGAGAUGAUUUUCAAGUUCAACGAUUCCGUGUUAUGUUUCACGAAGGUCGAGGAGUUCUUCUACACUGGUUAUAUUCACCCGCUUCGCAUACCACUUGGUAUACUGGUCUACAGUUUGAAUGGUCUCCUGAGACUGAAUCACCUUUUCAACUUGAAAAUGUUCGUCCAUGGGAAGUAGACGCUCGUUGGCUUCUAUAUUCCGAUGAAGCAUAUGAAUGGAUGAUUGAAGAGGAUUUCUUAGUCUCAGGUUCUGUCAAGCCUAGGCAGACAUAUUCACCGGAUGAGUUUAUGGCACUAAAUUCAGCAGCAGCUGUGAAUAGUAGUUCUUCAUCUUCUCAAUUCAGUAGUUCAUUUACACCAUCAUCACAUCCAGACAAUAGUGGAAGUAAGAAAAAACGUCGUCGAUCACCUUCUCCAUCAGCAUCAGAUUUAUAUCAACCAAAUGUGAGUGGUAAAAAACGACGUCCUGGUUCAUCUAUCACUGGUUCUCAUGAACGUUCAAAUCGUGGUCCAAGUGGACAUGGAUCAUCUCGUAAAAUCCGAAAAGAGGCUAUUGUAACUUUGUUCGGGCAUACAGAUGAAGAUGAGUCGUCAUGUCAUACUGGUCCACAAGAUCCUAAUAAAGAUGAUACUAAUGAUACGGAUAUUACAAAAGAUUUCGAUGAUCCAGAACCACCGAACAAAGUGACGCCUAUAACAACAACACCAGCUGCUAAUGGUUCCGGAUUCAAUGCAUCACGACCAACACGAACUGGCAACAACAAUAGUAAUACUAACACUUUGCAUAGUGGUGGCGGUGGUGGUGGCGGUGGCGAUCUAGGUACUGGAAGAUCACUGUUCGAUCUAGAUGAAGACAAUGAUACAGGUGAUGGUGUAGAUGGUGGCGGAAUGAAUGAAUAUCAUGCUGGAAUGAGUGGAGUCGGUGAUUUAGGUCCUGGUGGCACUUCGAAUCAAGGUGAUGAAGGCAGUCGACAAGGUGGAAUUCAUACUGAUUUGAGUGUUACGGAACAAGCUCACUGUAUAGUGAUACCAUCGUAUUCCGCCUGGUUCGAUUACAAUGCUAUUCAUGGGAUUGAACGUCGUGCACUACCGGAGUUUUUCAAUGGUCAGAAUAAAAGUAAAACACCGGAAGUGUAUUUAGCAUAUCGUAAUUUUAUGGUUGACACGUAUCGAUUGAAUCCACAGGAAUAUCUUACCUUCACAGCCUGUCGACGUAAUCUUACCGGUGAUGUUUGUUCUAUCCUACGUGUACACGCCUUUUUAGAACAGUGGGGUUUAAUUAAUUAUCAAGUGACAGCUCCAUUGACAACAUCAACUAGUGGUAGUGGUACACUGGGUGUAUCAGGCGGUGCAACAGAAGCAGCACGACUAGCUGUUGCAGCGAGUUUAGGCCCCCCGAGUACAGCACAUUUUCAUAUACUGGCGGAUAGUGCCAGUGGUCUACAACCGAUCGGGAAUCAAAAUGUUGUUGCAACAAGCACAAUUGUGUCAACUAGUGGUGGUGGGGCAACAACAACUACAACUUUGACGGAUGGUGGACAAUCUGCUGUUAAAGACAAUAGUACUAAUAAUAAUGGUAAUGUUGCCGCGGCUACCUCUAUUACUUCUACAAAUAAUGAAGUUAUUACAGUGUCUACUAGUUCAACUAAACCGGAAUCACAAGGAAAUGAAUUCACUGGCACCUCGGUAACGAUAUCGUCAGCCUCGACCACAACAUCGACAGAAGCAGUCAACACUGCACUACCAACUGUCUCAGCAGCAACAACAACAACAGCUAUCAACAAUUCUAGUGCUACAAACAUUACUGCUAAUAACAAUAUUAAUAAUACACAAGUAGGAGUAAAUAAAUUACCGACAAUCGGUGAUCCAGCUUUACGAACAGAUCAAUAUCUUGCCAAUGCAAGUAUUAACAAAGCCACUGGCGGUUUACUAGAUAAUCGUAGUCAGUCUGCUACUACUACAACGGCUACAUCAGAUACAGUGCCACCACCAACAUCACAAGCAACAGUUGUUAAUACUAAACUGCUUAAAGGUGCUACACAAAGUGGUUGGACAGAUCAAGAGACUUUGUUACUACUCGAGGCUUUAGAACUAUAUCGGGAUGAUUGGAAUAAGGUUGCUGAACAUGUCGGCAGUCGUACUCAGGAAGAGUGUAUUUUGCAUUUCUUACGCCUACCGAUUGAAGACGCCUACCUUGAAGGCACAGAUCCUAUCUUGAAUUUAACCUCUCUAGCGAAUGCAAGUCAUCCUACACCACCAUUUUCAAAGACAGUGAAUCCAAUCUUAUCGACUGUGGCCUUUUUAGCCGCUGCUGUAGAUCCACGUGUUGCAGCAGCAGCUGCUCAAGCAGCACUCACCGAAUAUGCUAAAAUGCGUGAUGAAGUCCCUGCGGGUUUACUACGUGAGCAUAAAGCACGCGUUGAGGCAGCCGUAAAAUUAGGUCAUCCAGUUGAUCCACAGAAAUUCGGAUUGGAUGAAGUCGGUGGAAGUAAAGUCAACGAGGAGUUGGAGAAACCUUGUCCACUGCCGAGUGUUGUUCCCAAUGAAAAGUCAAUGGAACAAGUAAUAUCAGUUGAAAAUGAAGCUAAAGAAAUUGAGCAUAAGGAAAGUACUCCAAUGGACAUCACUAGUAGUAGUGCAGUUGAUGAAUUAACUACUGAAAAUAAGUCGAAAAGUCCUGAGGCGGCUUCAUUCAUUCCUAAACCUGAAGAAUGUAAAAUGGAUACUGUUGAAUGUCAAGAGGCGACUGAUGUUAAUAAAGCUGAACCAAUGAUUAUUGAAGAACAAGAGGCUAAAGGGGAAACUGAUGAAGCUACCGGAGUAACACAGACAAAACCUGGUGAACAACAACAACAGACAGUUGAAUCACUUCCACAUUUAGUAGAACAACAAACUGAACCUGUUGUAUCAGAGGCAACUACGGCUAUCGACGCCAGUGCUACUACUUCUGCCGCCGCUACGUCGGUUGUACAAGAAUCAGAGAAGUCGUCAGCUGACCAACAACAGCAACCACAAUCGCAAUCACAACUAGCGGAACCAAGUGAAAAGACUGCUGCCACAAACUCAUUACCACCGAAUCCCGAUAGUCUAGGCACAGCUGCUGCGUGUGCAUUAGCCGCUGCUGCUAUUAAAGCGCGUCAUUUAGCCAGUGUUGAAGAGAAGCGUAUCAAGGGGUUAGUUGCUCAGCUGGUGGAAACACAGCUGAAAAAGUUGGACAUUAAACUUAAACAAAUUCAGGAGUUGGAGAGUAUCAUGGAAAGAGAAUAUGAAAUGAUUGAACAAAUGCGUCAACAAUUACUUCAAGAACGUCAAGCAUUCCAUAUGGAAGUGAUUAAGACAAUGGAGAAUCGUGCUAGGUCGUUAGUACACCAUCACCAACAACAGCAACAGCAGCAACAACAACAACCACAGGGUGUUGGUGGUGGUGUUGUUGUACCUCAACAGCAACAACCGCCGGCCCCACUACCGUCUCAACCCUUACAACCGCAACCACAGCCACAACUGCAACAACCACCACCACAACAACAGCACCCUUUACCAUCCGCUUAUGCUACCCCUCAGGGUAAUACAUAUCCAGUGAAUCAGAUUACGCAUAUAAAUCAAGUACAACCACAACCACCACUACCCCAACAACCACAACACCAACAACAAUUACAACCAGGUACUCAUAUUAUUCAGCAGCAACAACAACAACAGCCGCAACAGAUACCUCCUUCAUAUCCACCUCAAAUUCCAUCGAUUCCUAAUGAUCCAAGAUUAAUGUUGAAUAAUCCAACAGCUCCAGGAAACUUGUCUGUUUAUCCACCGCCAGCACCACAACCACCACCACAGAGUUAUCCUUCGACUGUACAGCCACCACCACUGCAACAGCAACAGCAGCAACCUCUAGCACCGUCAUUAUCCUCCUCAUCAUCAUCAUUACCAUCGCCUAAUCAACAACCUCCAUCUGUUGGGCAUACUUCACCGACACCAACUCAACUGAUUCAACAUCAUCCACGUGAAGAGUGUCAACAAACAACAAGUCAAUCCUUACCACUGCAAGCAUCUUCAACAAUGCCUAAUACUGCUAGUAAUAAUAAUCCACCACAAAUGGACACGACAAGUGAAGUAGUUUGGUCUAGUUCUGUAUAUCCACCGACAACAAUGACAACAGCAGCACCACCACCAGCAACCGCAACAACAACCACACAGCCAUCAAUGGAGCCGCAUACUGUUCGUCAAUUUAUUGAACAACCAUCUAGAGAUAAUCCCAUGGUCCCGGUACCAAAUAUCACUUUGACAAUAUCUCAAAAUGUUAUUCAUCCUUCGGCGGAUACUGUUACAGCAGCAUCAACAACAACAACAACUAAUACUAGUGUCUUAGCGAACAGUUUAUGCGCUAAACCAUCACCGCUGUCUUCUACACAAUCGAUUAGUUCUGCUGCUGCUGCUGCUGUUCCUGGUGUUGUUGUUGUUGGCAGUGGAGAUGGGUGUAGUGAGGCAGUGGCGGCGACGGCAGCAGGAGGUUUUCAAUCUACUGAACACCACCACCAUCAAGAACAGCAACAGCAACCACAACAGCAUCAAGUCUCAUCGAUAGAAGUGAACUCGUGUACUGUUGCUAGCCUACUUUCAGAUGAUAAUAAUAAUGCGAAUAUAGAAGUUCCAGAAGCAUCUGGUGCUCCUGCUACAGCUGCCGCAGCAACCACAACUACUGCUGAGGGUAGUGGUAGUCCAUCAGUGCCGGACAAUAAUCCGUCAAUAGCACCACCAUCGCAAACACAAACGCAACCUGAAUUGAGUGGUUCUACGAAAGAAGAAGGUAACAUUCAUCAAGCGGAGUAGUAAUAGCAUAUAUAUAUAUAUAUAUAUAUAUAUCACUUCUGAUUGUCUAUUUUAUGGACGUACACUACACUACACUACUAGUUCUCUGGUGUGUGUGUGUGUGUAUUGCAUUCUCUUUUUUCCUAUUACUGUAAUGUUGAUGACACAUUUUUAGUCAACUUUCAUUGUGUGUUCCUCUUUUUCUCUCUCGUUGUAAUCAAAUGCCAUCUUCGUUCACCAAGACACAUACAUAUAUGUGUAUAUCCAUUGUUCACGUCUGUCACUCUACUUCGCUUUUUGAAUAAUAUUCAAGUUUUUAAUAUGUUUUUCAUUGGGUUUGUGCAUUUAUUAAAACAAAUGUUACCCCUCCCCCACUCUUUCUCGUUUUUCUUAAUGAAAAUAAUAAUAAUAAUAAUAUGAAUA